CCUCAGUGCUGCCCAGGCCUUGCGGCGUGGGGUGUCGGCGCUUGGCUCACUGCUGUGUUCGGCGUCGGAGCAGGGCACGCGAACAGUCUUGCCCUCCUAUUCGCCGUCGUUGUCCUGUCCCUCCUUCUCCUUCACAGCAGUCAUGGCUCAGACAUCUUGUUUCUGAAGCCGCCUGCACGGAAAACGGAUAUUUCCGUGCUUGCCAGACAACCAUUUAAGGUUCAUUUUGUCUUCCAUUCAUUGCACGGCAGCGAUGAAUCCUUGGCGCCUGAUUGUCAGGCCGAUAGUGCUUUGGGUGUGCUGGCUGGCUAGACCGUCCUGGGCAUCACGCUUCUUUUCGGGGUCUUUUCCUCCCUACCCUGCCUGCGACGCCAACUACAACGCCGCCUGCAGCCCGACCAACGCUUUCAAGGCUGUGCGGCAAGCUGUGUCCCAGCUGGAAGGCCUCACGACGGCAGGUGAGGUGGAUGCCUGGAUGCAGGCGCUGAACAGUAGUCAGUACGACAAUGGCGUCGACGGUUUCGGAUUCGGUCCCAUGGUCAUCUCGGCUGACGGCACGAUGCUGGCCGAUCCUGCGAAUUCAGAGCUCAGUGGCAAGAGCCUGUCCGACUUGCUAACCUUGCAGAAUGGCAGCUGCAGCCAAAUCGAACUGCUGACAACAGGCUGUGCCAGGGUCGCCAUGACGAUCUUCCAGGAGGACCUGCUGGCGCAGUGGCGCCAGGCGCUCGAGGGGGACGGCUGGGCCGUCUGGGUCUGGACCGGCCGCGCGGCCGAGCCCAACGACAAGGGCACCGUGGUUCCCGAGAAGAUGGUGGGGUACAUAGAGAACUUGUCGACGCCGCUGGGGGAACUCUGGGUGAUCUCGUCUUACUCCAACAAGCCCCUGGCAUCUGGCUUCGCCUCCGACGCCACCUGCUCCGUGGCUUACAGCGAGCUCUGCAGCGUCGAGCUGUCCCGGAUGCUCGUGGGCGAGGGACUGUCCCAGAUGAUGAUGGCCAGCACCCCGGGCGAGCUGGCGUGGGUCUUCUACGACAUCACCUUCGAGGACAGAUACAAGGCCGGUAGCGGCUUCUACAUCUUCGUCUACCGCUUCGGGCCCGCGGGCAGCCCGGGCGAGCGCGGGGAGUGCGUGGCGCACGGGGCCAACAGCGGGCACGUGGGGCAGAACCUGCCCGAGAUCCUGCUCAAGGUGAACAACCUCGCCGUGGACGGCCAGGCCCUGCACGAAGCCUUCUUCACCGCCGCGGAGGACGGCGGGGGCUGGGUGUCCUACGGGUGGCGGAACAACCCCACCGACCCGGUGGGCUUCAAGAUCGCGUUCAUCGCAGGCACGGAGAAGUUUGGGACCAAGUACUACUUGGGCGUGGGCUUCAAUCACAACCACCCCGCGGUUGCCCCUGGGCCGCACUGCUCGACCUGCUCCAUGACGAGCUCAUACCAGUGCGCGAUCCGCAACACCUACAUGCUUACUGGGCACGUGCAGGCAUUCCUUCUCACCGACGUGGAGCAGACUUCGGCAUGGAAUGCGCUGACGACCAGUCGCAACGACGACUUGGCCCUGGUACCCAUGGACGGCAACGUGGAGGAAGCGGGAUACAAGUUCGGCGAUGUUGGCGACCCUCACGCCUUCUACCCCUUUGUCUACGACUUCAACGGCUCUUGCGUGGCGCAUGCAGCGAACGGUGCGCUUGUCGGCAGAACACUGUGGGAGAUCCUGGAGUAUGCUUCCAUGAACCAGGAAUGUGAUGACACCAGUCUCAACUGUAACAUCACGGCUGUUGACGGGUGGCAGCUCAACGAAGAUUUCAAGAGUGCAGCCGCGGGAGGCGGCGGCUGGGUGAAAUACGCCUGGCGCAGCAGUGUCAGCGACCCCGCCUUCGAGAAGGUGGCCUACCUUAUCAAGAUCUCGAAGUACGGCCGCGACUUCUACGCCGGCGUGGGGUACAACAACGUGAUAUGGAACCCCGAGAGCGCGCAGAACUGCGAUGCAGAAUUUGCGGGUACGUGCUCGGAGGAUGCCGUGCUGGCUAUCGUGGGCCAGAUGACGGCGGCCAUCAACAACGCUCAGGACCCGGCCGAUCUCGACAUGAUCUUCGCCGAGGCCACCAAUGGCACAGGUGAUGAGUACCGUCGCUCGGGCGGAUUCGUGGUGGAGGUGUACGACGAGAGUGGUGUUUGCAUGUCGAACGGUGGCUAUCCCGAACACGUGGGGCUGACCUUGGAGGGCAUCUUCCUGAAAGUCGGCUCCAAGCUCCUGGGUGCCGACCAGUACGCCAGCCAGUAUCAGUCGAGCUCGGGCGCUUUCUUCACCUACAACUGGCAGACGGAGAACAUGGCCGCGCCCUUGGUGCGAAAGGCCUUUGCCCAGAAGGCGACCUACAAGCCCCUGGGCAGCUACACGGAGGAGCAUUAUUACAUCGUCAGCAGCUUCGUGGACGCCAUCCCCCCCCCUCAGUGCACCAGCGACGCGGACUGCCCUCCCUCGGCCGCGUGCGCAGCAAACGGGCGCUGCCAGUGCCAGGCGGGCACGGUCGCGUCCUACAACGCCAGCGGCGCAUGCGGAGCGGUGGAUGGCUGCUCGUGCGAGACCCAGGACUACUCGAUGACCUGCGACGUCAACCCCUGCCCCGUCGGCACGUUCGGCACCGCGUCGGGCGCGUGCCAGGCCUGCGACCCUGGCAAGUACGCCGACUCCGUGGCGUCCAGCGAGUGCAGCGCGUGCGCCCCCGGGAAGUACCAGGACGAGUACGGCCAGACCGCCUGCUUCAACUGCUCGGCCGGCAGCGCAGUCAACGCCGGCGGGAGCACGGGGUGCGACGCCUGCGUGGAGGGCUGGUUCCAGGCCGGGGCAGGCGCCUCGCUCUGCGAGAAGUGCCCGCUCGGCUCCUUCUCCAACCCAUGAACACGGAGUGCACCAGCUGCCCCGACCCCCGCGAGACCACCGUGGACCGCGCCGCGCUCUCGCAGUGGGAGUGCGUGUGCGAGGCGGGGUCGUACCGCGCCGCGGGGCACUCCGCCGCGGGCGGCGUGCACCGGCCGUGCCUGCAGUGCCCCGAGGGUAUGGAGUGCAGCGAGGGCAACCAGGAGCCGGUCUUGCUGAGGGGCUUCUGGGCGGACGCGGGAGACUCCACCGACCGGGACUACUCUGUCUUCCGGUGCCGCGACGGACUGGAGUGCCCAGGGGGUCCCAUGGGGACGUGCGCCAGAGGCCGCGAGGGAAUCGGAUGCGCCAACUGCCUGCCCAACCACCAGAUAGACAAGGUCACUGGUGGGUGCGACGAGUGUACGGGCUCCUCGCUGGUCCCGAUCCUGUUCAUCACCGCCGUCGGGCUCGCUGGUCUCGUUGCGAUGGCCUUGUACGCCAAGGUCGACGUGUCCAGGAUCAACCUCAACACUCUGGCGGUGGGCAUCUGCAUCGGGCAGACGGCGGUGGCGGUGCAGGCCCUCUCGGUGUUCCGGGUCCUCGAGGUGAAUUGGGUCGAGCCGAUCAGGAGCUUCCUGAACGUCGUGUCGGUGCUCAGCUUCAAUCUGGACGUGCUCGCGGUGUCCUGCAUGUUUCCGGACUCGCACGCGCUCGGGAAGUACGUGCUGAAGCUGUUCAUCUUCCCCACGGGGAUCCUGCUGCUGUGCGCCAUCUUCUUCGCCAUGAACCGGUUCUUCAAGCAGAACAUCACGGCGGACCACAUCAUAAAUUCCAUUGGGCUCCUGUUCCUCGUGCUCUUCCUGACGCUGGCGAUGCUGUCGCUCAGCCCAUUCCACUGCGCCAGCAGCCCGAACGGCACGGUGUCCCUGGUUUCGAACCCGUCCGUGCUCUGCUCCUUCAGUAAUGCUACCUGGACCGGGCUCGUCGUCUUCGGUGCGUUUGCCAUACUUGGCUUCGUGGUUUUCUUCGCCGCCUGGGUGACGUACGUCACGCUGCAGUACCCGAAGCUGAUCUCCAACGGGAGCGGGAUGCUCAUCAUCAAUCGGUACCGCUUCCUGUUCCAGCGAUUCACCGUGGAGUGCUAUUUCUUUACGCCGAUCUACCUGUUCCGUAACUUCAUCAUAGCCAUCCUGCCCGUAGCAUUCGCAGACGACGGCCACCGCCAGGUGUUCUUGCUGGCCUGCGUGCUCAUGGCAUUCGGAUUUGUGCAGGGCUGGCUCCAGCCAUGGCGUGGGCUGAUGCCCAACCUUCUGGACACCGUCACGACUGCUUGUCUCAUCAUGGCGCUGCUGGGCGCUGCGCUCCUGCACGACGUCGAGUACGACGCGGUGGUGGCAGACAUGCAGGUGUUCUUCACCAUCCUCAUCGUGGUCAUGUGCAUCACGCUCAGUACGUUGGUCAUGCUCUUGUCGUGGCGGCGCUUCUUCCCAUCGAAGCUGUACGCCGCCUUCCUGUGCCACCACAAGCAGGGCUGCGCAGUGGGCGCGAGGCUGAUGAAGCUGGAGCUGGAGCUCCGCUUGAAAAAGCAAGUGUUUCUCGACUCGGACGCGCUCAAUAACCUCGAGGAUCUCCUAGAGACCGUCCGCGCGUCGAUCGGGACCUUGGUCGUGCUUCUCACGGCGGGCACCCUCUCUAGGCCCUGGUGCGCGGGGGAGAUCGCCACAGCUUUCAAGAACGGGGUGCAGAUUGUGCCCGUGGCGUAUGAUGAUUACACGGAGCUCACGGAGGAAGACGUCAAGGAGGCCUCAAUCGCUGCCCGCUGGUCGCCAGAGGCCUUUGGGCCGUGCGUGGCGCAGGGCGUACUGCUCAGCGCCGUCGCGGAUGCGUACGACCACGUCCGGCUCCUGCACAAGAUUGCGUGCCCUCGGGUGGCUGCCUGCAUGGAAGGCAACCCCGCGCUUGCCAUGGACGCUGUGCGGCUUGUGGCGUCGCUCUGCCGCUCGAAUGGGAAGAGGCAGAUGACAUUCUCGCAGCUCGGCCUCGAGGACUCGAACAGGACCAGCGUCAGAAGCGAAGAUUCCGAUAAGGAGCACCAGGGCGCUUCGGACGAGCUCGGCGUGUCCUCCACCUCCAGCAGUGCUGGGGGAACAAAUUCUCACAGCGCGGAGCCCCAAACAGUGAGGUCAUGCGCUCUAGAUGUGUAAGCUAUGUGGCACG